CAUUGUGGUGAGAUUUGACCAGUUAAGCUUAGCAGGUUGACCAUUCAAGGAAUAAAGAAGAAUGGCUUAUCAUACAUAACCUAAAACAACAACCAAUGCAGAUGGGGUAUUGGAUUUAAAAUAAUAAAAAUGAUCAGACGCCCAAAUACCAGAGAGGAUGAUGAAGAAUUAUUAAGACAACAGCAAGAUUUUUUAAAAGAUAUUGCCCAAAACAAGAUUAAACCAGCGGCUACUGUCGAUAAAGCAAACGAAGAAUAUGUUUCACCUUCCGCAUCAAUGUCUGAUACUGAUGUUAACAGUAAGGACGCAAGUAUUUCUUUAUUUGAUAUACAAGAGCAAAUAGCUAAUACAUUUGAAUCAGUUCCGACAAACAUGAACCUUGAAAAAAUAUCUGAGAAGGAGCUCAAAGUCUCGACAAUUUCAUCAUUAAAAUUUGAUAGCACAGGUUUUCCAAAGGCCUUGAGAAGGGAUCCUGACAUUAAACCUUCGAAAGGUAGUAUAUUUUCACAACAUAUAAAAAGGAUUAAAAGUGAGGAAAUGAACAGAGAUAUGUCUGAUCAAAUGGAAGUUGACUCUGUUUCAUUAGUUGUAAAGGAGAAGAAUGUAGAUUCCAAUAUUAUUGGCAAAAGUGCAACAAGUGGAAAACAUAAAAUAGAAAGAAAAACGUCAAUAUUAUCGCAAACAGAUUAUGAACAAAUACACAAUGAAAAUAUCAAAAAAAUUAAAAUGAUGUCUGAAAAUGAGAUAAAAGCUGAAAGGGAUCGACUUAUGUUAAGUAUGGAUCCUGCAAUUGUUAAAUAUUUGCAAUCGAGAAAGAAAGAAGAAUUUGUUCAGACUCGAAAUAUAACAAUCCACGAGCAAAACAGAUUUUCAAGCAACAUUACUUUGGAAGAGUUAGACACCCCUGCUAAUGUGUUGGCACCACGAGAAGCAGAAAACUGGGUUAAUUUUAAUAAAAUUGAGACCAAUAAAUUAGCCUGGAUGAAAAAUAUUGAUAUCCCUAAAAUAUCAAAGGACCAACCUUUUGAAGCAAGGUUUGAUUUUGAUGGCUAUCUUUUGCCAUAUUCACAAAACAUUGAUGAUAAAAAUCGUGUAUUGUACCAUCACGGAGAAGAACCUGGAAGACCCGGAUAUAGUUUGCAAGAACUUUUACAGCUUUGUAGGUCAAAUAUAAAUCAACAGAAGGUUGUUGCUUUAAAUACCCUAGCAAAUAUCCUUGCUUUAUAUUCAACUGGGAUUUAUGACAAUGUUUUCGAAAUUCCUAUUGAACAAAUAUUUUUUGUGCUUCGAUUUUCUUUGGAUGACAACACACCUGCUGUUGUAAAUGCCUGCAUUAAAGCCAUUAGAAAUUUAAUAUAUUUUCAGCUAGAUGAAGCAUGUCUAGAUUUUACCAUGAGUUUUGGUAUUGGGGUGAUACAGCCGAUUUUGGCUGUUGAUGAUGAUGAUGAUGAUCCUACUGUUAAUGACCAACAAUUGGUUGAAAAGAAUUUGAUUAAGUGCUUAAUAAGAACCAACAUUUAUGCAAGAAUUAGAUAUAUCAUCAACAAUCUUAGACCCAGUUUGGAAACAACCAUUUACAGUUUAGAGAUUUUAAUAAGGUUGGCAAGAGAUUCUCAAUAUGCUGUUAAUAAAAUGUUGGCUUGUGAUGGCCUCUUUUCCAGUUUAAUUAGGCAAUUUCUUCCACGUCCAAAGUCAAUCAAAUCUGACAAAAACUGCUCUAGUUAUAAUUUGCCCCUAGUGCAGAUGAUAAAAUUAGUAAGGGUAUUAUCAGCUAGAAAUAAACCUAUAGCUGAUGCCCUUCUGAGGAAGUACAAAUUAGUGGAAAUCAUCUUCAGUUACCUGUACGAAGAUUUAUUUUCAGUAAAUGCUAAUGGUAUGAAAUUGCAAAUUGAGUGCAUGCACUACUUGUUUCUAUUACUACACUAUGACGUCUCAAAUGAAUUAGUUUUCCCAAAUGAAGUAUUGUUGAAGUAUGUUACCUAUCACUUUCAUAACACCGACAAUCUGAACUCCACAACGCUAGUCAGACAAAGUCAUGUGGCAGCUUUGUUUUUCCUAAUUGGCAAAUUAAUACAAAAUAAGCAAACCAUUUCCAGUGAUUUGCAUAAAAUGACUGAUCUUUGCAUUGAAAAAUGGAUCACUCAGUUUCAAUGUCAUAUCCAAAAAUUUUCGUGUGGACAAUCCCAAAUAAUCUCAGGAGUUCUCUAUGUGUGCAGGGUGUACAGCGAACAAUUUGUUACUGAAAAAAUAGAUAUUUUGCUCAAAGAUUUAAUUAAGAGUGAUAUAUUUAAAGAAGCGACAAAAAAUUUAAAAAAUAAUUCAAUGAUUCUUAACAAUUAUGACACUCACCAAACAAGCGAGAAUUUAAAAUCUUUACAGGCUGCGGCUUGGUUUACAAUGGACCAUAUCAUACCUCUAUUGCAAGGAAAUAGCUGUAUUCCAUUUUUAUAUCAUUUGUCACGGUACAUUGCAUCAACUAAAUCGAAUGAGCUUAAAAUUCAAUUCCUCUUACAUUCUAAUAUAAACGAAUAUUUGAAAGCAUUGGAAUGCUCGAAACAUUAUUUCAAUACUGGAAAUUGGUUCACAAAAUGGGAAAGCGGUUUAAUAAUGAGCAUGUUGAAAAUCGGUAAAUCAGUUUAUAGACAGCUAAACCCGACCAUAUUUUAUCAUAUAGCUGUAAAGUGCCUUUGUGUAUUUACAAUCGAGCACAAAGCUGAAAUAAAAGACGUUCUUAAUAGUGUAAUAUUCUGUCCAGAAUUUUUUCCAGUUGAAGCUAUGCUUGAAAAUGCCAACAUUAACGAAGAACUGGGUGAUUUCAGCACAUUCCUCAAUGACAUUAAGAGGAUUUAUACACACACUUUUCAAAUUGAAGGAAUAAAUCAAGCUACGGAUAGCUUUUCAGUUGACUCAAGUAGAGGCAACAUAAUUCCUGUAGAUUGGAUAUAUGCGCCAAUAAUUUCCUCAGACGAACAUAUAAACGCAAGAAAUAUUAACGGUGUAGAACAGAGUGAUGUGGUGGUCAAUUGUUUGAGGUGGAUAUUAAUUUAUGAAACACAUUUCCCUUUUCUGGCAGCCUCAAUUAGUCCAACGGAGAAGUUUUGUAGAUUGGCUAGCUUGUUUUUGGCAAACGAUAAUCUUUUCUUGCUGCCAAAUGUUGAACAUUUGAUGCAACAGAAUUUUAAAAACUUGAUGAAAUACGAAAUUGAGUUGGAUUUUGGACAAGAGAUAUCAGGCUUGACCAAUUUUCAAGAUUUCUAUACUCAACUCUUAGAACAGUAUCAAUCUGUUAGCUAUGGAAGUAAAUUGUUCGGAAAUGUUAUUUUGAUGCCCCUCUGUCGUAGACAUAAUGUGCAGUACCGGAAAACAUUGUGGUCGGAAUACUUUGGUGUUGUGGAGAUAUUCAAUGUGAUGCCGUCAGAGGCUUGGAUUGAUCUGACUCAAUUUAUAACUCCUCCAGAAACAGAUGUGUCACUUUUAAUGUGUUAUCGGCGAGCUGUGUACCAACUUCAUAUUAAGCACAAAUCUAUAUUAUACUGUAUAGCAGAUCAUCACAAAAAUAUAGCCAAUAAAGUCUGUCAGUAUUAGGUUGCA